AUGCCUUACCCUAAUGAUGAGUCUAUUUCUUCGUCUAACAAUCGAUUGAUCAAUGAGGAGUUAUCUUAUUACCAAAAUACUACGGAAGAUGAGUUGAAUAAUAUGUUAGUACUUUUAACAGAUGAGCAACGUAAUGUUUUUUAUCAGAUUAUGGAAUCUGUUAGAACGAACAAAGGCGGUGUGUUUUUUCUUUACGGAUAUGGUGGCACCGGUAAGACCUUUCUUUGGAAGACAUUGUUGGCAGCAAUUCGGAGUAAGUCUGAAAUUGUUUUAAAUGUUGCUUCAAGCGGUAUAGCUUCUUUGCUACUUUCUAGAGAUCGAACAGCCCAUUCUCGGUUUUCCAUCCCUCUGAAUCUAAAUGAGGAUUCUCUUUGCCGCAUGAAGCCUGGAUCUAAACUUGCGUAUCUUUUUAAAAAAACACAACUUAUUAUAUGGGAUGAGGCUCCAAUGAUUCAUAAACAUGCCUUUGAAGCAUUGGAUAGAACCUUAAAAGAUAUAUUGAUGCCUGAUUGUUCAAACAGCGAAGCUUUACCAUUUGGAGGAAAGGUAAUUGUAUUUGGUGGUGACUUUAGACAAAUUCUUCCUGUUGUUCCUAAUGGCUCUAGACAAGAUAUCGUGAAUGCUUCAUUGAGUUCGUCAUAUAUAUGGAAUAAAUGCAAGUUACUAACGCUAACAAAAAACAUGAGGCUCACUGUUGGCAUGAAUCAUGGUGAUAUUGACAAGACAAAAGAGUUUGCUAAAUGGCUUUUGGAUAUUGGCGAGGGAAAACUUGGUGGUCGCAACGACGGGGAAGCUGUUAUUGAUACACCUCAAAAACUGUUGAUUACUGGUUCCACUAACCCUAUCGGUAGUCUGAUCAACUUUGUGUAUCCUUCGAUACUUGAAUCGUUCAAUGAUCCAAGUUAUUUUCAAGAGAGAGCGAUACUUGCUCCUAAGAACGACGUUGUUCACGAGAUAAAUGAUACCUUAUUAGCAAUGUUUCCUGGUGAUCAUAAAGAGUAUCUAAGUUCAGAUUCUAUCUGCCAAUCUGAGAAUGUAACUGACCAUAUUCGUCACAAUGUUUACCCCCCGAUGUUCUAA